AUGCGUCGCCGCGAGGUCCCGCUCGUCCUGCUCGUCCUGCUGGCGCUGGUCCUCUGCCUGGCGUCCCGGGGAUCGGCCGCCCCGGUGACGGCUGGCAGAGCAACCGCGCUGGCCAAGAUGUACCCGCGCGGCAACCACUGGGCGGUCGGACACUUAAUGGGGAAAAAAAGAGCAGAUUCCGCACAACUUCAGGAGGAGGACAGUCUGAAGGAACAGCUGAGGGAGUACGUCCAGUGGGAAGAAGCGACAAAGAACUUGCUGAGCCUCCUACAAGCAAAGGCGGCCCGAGGCCACCAGCCGCCUCCGCAGGAGCCCCUGAGCUUUCACCAGCCUGCCUGGGACUCAGAGGACGUCAGCAACUUCAAAGACGCAGGUUCGAGACUCCAGGGUACAGUGAACAUGCCGGGGAGCAUGAAUGAAGGAAGGAACCCCCAGCUGAACUGA